UCAUCAUAUGUUUUUCCGCACACUGUCGCAAGUGUAACGUAUAUACACUUGCGAGAGCUGUUUAAGGCAGUGCCGACUCAUCACCGAAAAAAAUCUCUACCAAAACAUCGUUUUAUUCUUAUCGGCGGAAAAGGGGGUUAAUUUUGCAAUUGAGAAUUGACGUAGACACACACGGGGUACCCAUCAGCUCGGCAAUAUGAUUAUAACGUUGAAAAACUUACAGCAGCAAACGUUCACGAUAGAGAUCGACUCGUCGCAAACCGUCAAAGAUCUCAAGGAGAAGAUCGAAACGCAAAAAGGCUUCCCCGCCGAGCAUCAAAAGUUGAUAUACGCUGGGAAGAUAUUGGCAGAUGAGCAACCGUUAACAGAAUAUAAUAUCGAUGAGAAGAAGUUUAUAGUUGUUAUGGUAACAAAGCCUAAAGCUGGUGCUACGCCCAAAACAAGCGAAGAGCAGCGUGCGGAGAGUACGGAUAGCAAGGAAGAAUCUACUAGCUCAGCAAUUACGCAACCUAGUUCGAAUCCUAAUGUUCAAGAAACAUUGCGAGCAGCUAGUAAUGUGCAAGAGCAACCCGCAGUACCUACACCAGCGGCCGGUCAAGCAGAAAGUGCCUUGCUAAUGGGAGAGGAUUAUAAUACUAUGGUAAACAACAUCAUGGAUAUGGGAUAUGAACGCGAGCAGGUUGUACAAGCGUUACGCGCGAGUUUUAACAAUCCUGACAGAGCUGUCGAGUAUCUUCUAACAGGUAUACCGGCGCAACUCUUUGAGGAUCCACCUGAGGAUCCGCCAGAAACUCAGGAACAACUUCAGGAUCAGAGUCAAGAUCCAUUGGCCUUCUUGCGUAUGCAACCACAAUUUCAACAAAUGCGUCAAGUUAUUCAACAGAAUCCGCAGCUGCUGAAUAAUCUUCUUCAGCAAAUCGGUUCCACUAAUCCCGCCUUGUUGCAGCUUAUUUCUCAAAAUCAGGAAGCGUUUGUACGCAUGCUCAAUGAACCUGUGGAACCUGCUACAGGAGCGGGGGCGCGAGUUUUGCCAACAUCUGGAGGAGGCGUAGCGUCUGCAACUGCAGCGGCUGCAGCAGGAGGCGCUGUAAAUGGCGGAGCUGGUACGGGCGCAGCCGCAGGCGUAGGAUCUGGUACAAUUCAGAUAACACCACAGGACAGGGAUGCUAUUGAAAGGUUGAAGGCGCUAGGUUUCCCAGAACACUUAGUUGUACAAGCAUACUUCGCCUGUGAAAAGAAUGAAAAUCUCGCUGCUAAUUUCCUACUCUCACAAAAUCUGGACGACUGAAUCGCUCAUUUAAUUUCGUGUGACAUUUCGAUUAAAAAAAAA